AUGGCGUCACGAUAUUCGGCAGCGCGCCCCAAGCGCGACGGCGAGAACUUUGCGCGUACCCAUCAUAAUGAAGAUGGCGGCGAUUCUAAAAGGGUCAAGUUUGACGUACGAAACCCCUCCACGCUUGCACCUGACGCUCGCGAAGAAGAUGCUAUUCUCGAUGCCGAUGUCAUUGGUGUAUAUGGAGCUACGAAGCGCGGAGCUGUCAACCUAGAUGGUUAUGAUAGUGAUUCUGAUAACGAGACCUUCAAUGCACGUGCCGAGAACCGCAAGCGAGGCAAAGUCGAUAUUCUUGAGCAGCUCGAUAAUUACGACGCCACCAAUCCUGACCCUACAGCUCCGGGUACUGCGGCCGAUGAUGACGAUGACGACAUGUUUGCUGCGGACGAUGCCGAUGGGGAAAAGGAGGUCCCCGAGGAGGGAGACUUCGAUAAGAAUGGUCGCAAGAAGGACAGAGUUCGCUUCCUAGAUGCGGAUCAAAUCGCUGGCGUGGAUAACACCAGCAGAGACAAGGAGGGCAUCCGACUCGACGAUGAAAGCAGCGACGACGAGGCAGAUGUAGACCUUGCCAUACAAGAAGAGGGCAUCGAUGAAGAAGUUGGGGCUGGAGGCCUCAAGAAGAACGCCCCCAAAGUCGAGGCAUUCAACCUAAAGCAAGAAAUGGAGGAGGGUCAAUUCGAUCAAGAUGGCAACUACGUUCGCAAAGGUGGCGACCCUGACGCCGUACACGACAACUGGUUAGAAGGUCUCAGUAAGAAGGAGAUGAGAAAGGCAGCCGCGGCGCAUGAGAAGCGCGAGGCUGAGGCACGAAAGCAGCGCCUAGAGGAUGACGAAGUCCUGGUAUCGGAUUUGCUGAAGACUUUGAUACUCAAUCUCGAGCGCGCUGAGACGCCACUCGAGGCUCUAGCCCGACUCGGCAAAAAGCAAACAAAGUCUAAAAAGACCCCGAAGUGGAAGCUCAAGAAGAUGAACAAGGGUGCUGAAGGCAUGGAGGUUGACGGCGGUGAGAACAGUGAGGAUGCGGAGCAAAAGAAGGUCAAGGCAUCUAUUGAUGCCAUCACAGAAGCUGCAGAUAAACUGUUAAGCCGGGAUCAUGACGAGAUUUACGAACAAGAGAGAGAGCUCCUCAUCCGAGAAUAUCGUAAGGAGACAGGAGAGGAUUGGGUGGAACCGGAAGCUUCACAAACAAACCAGGAUGAGCAGGCGGCGGUGAAGCCGGGAACAAUGUGGAAGUUCCGAUGGGUAGAUGGGCGCGAUGGAAACGACAGUCAAGGGCCAUAUGACGGGGCUACAAUGAAAGCGUGGAAGGAUGCUGGGUACUUUCCAGAGGGCGCGGUCGAGUUCCGAGAGGUUGAGGAGGGCCGGGACUGGUCUUUACAUGUCGAUGCUUUUGAGUGA